AUCUGCCUUAGUUGAACUUCAGAAAAGAGAGCAACGACCACCAACUGAAAAUCAAAAUCUAGAGAGAGAGGGAGAGAGUAAGAGAGUGAGGAUGAAAUCGUUGUGUCUCUGCAGUUCAAUCCCUCCGAUUCUUCCACUACCGGCGACCGCUUUAGAUCUCAACGGCCGAAAUUUCACUAAUUUUACUACAAGGUCUCCACGUCGUCGUUUCUCUCCUCGACUGACGGUUAAUUGCAGAGGCAGAGCCAGAGAGGAUACUUCGCCGGUUCUCUCCAGUUCCUCUGCUUACGCCGUCCUCGGCGUCCGACCUAACUGCUCCACCGCCGAGCUCAAAGCUGCUUUCCGCGCCAAAGUGAAGGAGUACCAUCCUGAUGUAAACAGAGGUGGAGGAGAUUCUGAUACCAUGAUCCGCCGAGUAAUCCAGGCCUACGAGAUUUUAUCCAAUUACAGCCGGUCCGAGAUCAUUGAGAGGGAAUGUUUAGAUCCCUUUGACAGCCCCGAAUGUGAAGCAUUUGAUGUUUUUGUUAAUGAAGUUCUUUGCGUUGGCAAAGGGUGCCCAUAUUCUUGUGUUAAGAGAGCCCCUCAUGCAUUCAGAUAUGAUCCUUCAACUGGAACUGCACGUGCAACUUCUCAAGGACAUGCUGAAGAUUACCAAGUUCAGCUAGCAGUUGGUCAGUGUCCAAGAAGUUGCAUCCAUUUCGUGACACCUUCUCAAAGAAUUAUUCUAGAGGAGUUACUUGAUAGCAUCCUGGACAUGCCUUUCGAUACCUCGGCAGAGGCAGACUUGCUUUAUUCUCUUAUAGUUAAAGCUAAGUUUGAAAAUAACAGGUACCAAAAGCCAAAGAAGCAGCGAAAAACUUCCACCAAAAAUGUUGAUUGGUUUUGACCUAGGAGUAGAUUGAAGUCAUGUCCAAUGUUUGAUCCUCAAAACGACAUGCAACCACUGAUGCUUUUGCUUUCAUCAAAGAAAGUGCAAUAGACUAUAUAUGAACAUAUAUGCUGUCAAAAAUGUCGUGUGCGUGUUUCUUUGGUGAAAGGUAGCUGAACAGAAGAAUUCACCAACAAUGGGAAUACAUCAACAAAGCAAGAACUUGAGUUGUUCUGCUCUUUCCAA